CAACGAGACUCUCUAAUCUAGAUAAAAUACAAGCUAUAUUGGGAUCCGUUUUUUUUUCUCUUCCCCUCUUUUCUUCAGUGGCAGUAGCAGGUAGUUUCUGCUUUUGUCGGGGGAAGGAAGGUGGGCUGGAGGUCCUGCUUUCGAUCCGUCUGCUUGCCAGUUUUCCAGCAAAGCACACCUCUGAUCCACCAGAAACGGAGUGGGAUUUAAUAACAUUACUACAAAAAAUGAGUGGCUUUUCCCCGUUGAAUAUGAAAGACAUUCCCGGUGGAAACUGGCAAGGUGUCCGAGUGAUGGUUGACAUCGGAGAUACUGAUGGAGAAAAUCCGGAAAGUAGCAGGCAGGACAUAAAAAGCAUUUGCUCUGAUUACGGAUUUUCUGACAACCUUUUUGAUAACGAUGAUGAUGAUGUGGAAUUGGGAGACUGGAAGCCCCCAGAUUCUGAACUUGUUCAGAAGAUGGUCUCUCAGAUUGAGUAUUACCUAUCUGAUGAAAACCUUGUCAAAGAUGCCUUCUUGCUGAAACAUGUCAAGAGAAACAAGCUGGGUUACGUGAAUAUCAAGUUGCUGACUUCGUUCAAAAAGAUGAAGCUCUUAACAAAAGAUUGGCGGAUGACUGCUUUUGCUCUGCGUCACUCCACUAAGCUGGAGCUGAAUGAGGAAGGUAAGAAGGUGCGUCGGAAAAUCCCAGUCCCAGAGACACUCCUCAGCCAGGUGCCAAGCAGGCUUCUCUUGGUGUGGAACCUGCCAGAGCCGUCGGCCACCGGAGACCUCCCCACCAAAAAGAAUGGCAUUGAAUCGGCUAUUGCAAUCUUUGGCACUUUUGGUACUAUAAGUACAAUCAGGAUCCUUCGACCUGGGAAAGAGCUGCCCACAGAUAUAAGGAAGUACACCUACAAGUACCCUGAUCUGGUCUCCACGGAGUGCGUUUUAGUGGAGUAUGAAGACCUAGAGGCAGCUGGUAGAGCUUACCGUGAGCUUUCUAAGGCUGACAGCACUAUGAAGGUGGUUCUUGUAGGGAAGGGGUCAAGGAAGAAGACCACACUGGAUGCAAGUGAUGCAGAAGAGAAGUCUGAUCCGAAAGGCAUGGCAAUAAUCAGCCAGAGGAUGGAGCAACUGCAGUAUGGAGGUGAAGAUUCAUCUGCCUACAGCUCUUCAGAAUCUGGGUUUGCUUCAUCUCCUAUGCCCACACCAAGGUGGUAUCAGGGCCUGAGCCCUUGCAGCAACCUCCACAGCCUUGGGGUUUCUCCCAGGUCCAUCCCAUGGACCAGCCCUCGCUCUAGCACUAGCCCCAGGAUCCUGCACAUAACCCCCACAGCCCACCGCAUGUCUCCACUAUUGGCUUCAGAGAUGUGGAGAAGCCCGGAUACCAGCCCAGAGCCAUGCAGGAGGAACCUAGAUUACUCCUCUGACAGCAGCAAUACUACUGGGAGCCCAUGGGUUCAGAGGCGCAAACUGGCAGCAGCUAGGGCUGCCUCCUCCCAGGAAGGAAGCCUGAGGCAAAGCCCACUGAGCCCAUUGGUGUUGAAGAGGGCCCUGAAUGGGGAUCUUCCAUCUGGGGUCCUCCGCUUCCCCCGUGGCCCAGAUGGAACCAAAGGGUUCCAUAACAGUAUUGGGAGAGGAAGGGUUGUCUUUAAAUAAGGAUAUCUAUCUCUCUUGGAGAAAAGGCAGUGUCAGAUCAACAAUGUUCUAGCAAGCAGGUCAUUUAGUACCCAGAAAACCAAACUGCCUCAUUCAUAAAGUAUGGAUCUCUGUGCAGAGUGUUCGUUUGGCUUUGUGGGUGCAAUAUGUUCCCAGUGUUCUUUUGUAUUAUUAUUAUUAUUAUUAUUAUUAUUAUUAUUAUUAUUAUUAUUAUUAUUAUUAUUAUUAUAUUUAUAUUAUUUUUUUUGUAAUGUAUAUGUAUAGCUUCUGUGACUUCUACAAGAGUUAAAGGCUUUGUAAUGAAGACCCUGUUAGUGUGCAAACGUUUAAUUGGUUAAAAUGGUUCACCUUUAACAAUUUUAUUUAUUUGAGAAAUAAAGUACUCAGAACAUGGUGUAAAGUUUACUCUGAUGUAGUUGCCUCAAAGUUUAAAAUGUACUUAUAUCUGUAUGUGUCCUGUACUUAGGAUUGGCCAUGUAGCUUGAUAGUAGUCCAAUCAAAUGCAAAAUUGCAACUAUUGUAUAUUUAGUGAACUUGGAACUUUGGGGGGUGGGGUUCCAGUUACAGAAGUGCCUUGAAUAGCUAAAUCAACCUAAAGUGUAAUCUUCAAUGGGGACCAUUAGAACCAAAUGGGACACCUGCCAGUGCAUUGAGUUUCUAAAUACUUGCCUGUACACAUGUAGAUGCUGAGCACUGCUGCCUUUUUUUCUUGUGAUGGUAAAAGAAAUUGGAAAAAGUUUUGUAUUGAAAUGUGUUUCUGGCUUGUUGCAGACAAUUGUAGAAGUUUGGAUAUUGUUUGUUUUGGAAAUUGCAUGUCAAAUGGUGGUUGCUUUUGAAAUCAUACAAUGCCUUUCAUUGGAUUCAAAGCUAUGUAUUUGAAAACAAACAAAAAAAAGUGGAUAAAAUAAACUUUCAAAUAAAGCUUGACGUUUCUGAAAAGAAAUGCAACAUGAAUUGUAAAUGUUGUGUAUUAAAAUGUCUCUCUUUUAUUUCAGUUCCCAUAGAAAUAAUAAAGUAAUUAAAUUGA